UUUUAGGUGUUAGCCAGAUGGGACAAUUAUUGGGGCGAUCAAACGGUAGGAUGGGACUUAAUGACGUGGAGAUGAUUGCUGAUCCCACACGGGCCACUCCUUCACGUAAACGUAAAAUCACCGGUGAUGACGAGAUGGAAACGCGGAAGAAGAAAAUCAGCAAACUGGAUACUGCAAAAUAUAUCCAUAAGCGAUUGUUCGUUGAUGGUGCCAAAUCGGAUAUAACAAUUCAUGCAUUAGGACGAACAUGGAAUCUUCAUAGACUUUAUUUGGAACAAUGCAAAUUUUUCGACAGCUUGUUCAGAGGUCAUUGGAAAGACAGUAAUAAUGCAGUGAUACAGAUUGAUAUCGUUGACCCGAAUAUCACAGUCGAAGGAUUUAAUAUGGUUUUGGAAUCACUGUAUCACAAUGAAAUUGAACUGGAUUUAGAGAAUGUUCCGAGUCUUAUCGCAUCAGCUUCAAUGCUUAGCUUAGAUAGUGUUAUGGAGCGUUGUGCGGAACUAUGUGCCGAAUCACUCAGUGAUGAACGAGUACUCGAGUUCCAUUUACUCGCCGAGCAGUAUGGCCUUCCUGAUUUGUCCGAAAAAUGUUUUAAAUAUUUAAAAAAUAACUUUUGGCGAUUGUCGGCUAAACCAGCAAUCCUUUAUACAGUCAGUCACGCAACAAUGGCAAAGUUGAUGGCUGCAUCGGAUUUGUUGGUCAUUGAAGGAGAACUUGAUCUGUAUGAAACAAUCAAAAAGUGGAUUUUCUUGCAAACAGUUCCUUAUGUUGUGGAAAAUAAAGAAAUACGGACUGAAAUGGAGAAAUAUUAUUCGUCACUAACGGAUGGUGACAGGGAUGCGUUGUGUCGUACAUUUGCUGACAUAACUUGCAAUAUCCGUAUUGGGCACAUUGUUUCGUCUAUAAAGACAAUCGGCGAUUUACGAAAAGAUCCACUUGUUCCAAAUGAAAUUAUCGACCAGGUGCUUGCUGACAACUGGUUGUUACUUUUGCGCAGUGAAGAGACGAAAGAGCAAAUUGAAAUUAAAGAUGAAGAUUUCCACCUUAAUGCUCAUCGAUUAGGACGAAUACUUGACUCAACUCCGAAAUGUUGGCGAUGGUCUGGUUUCAAUUUCGGUGUAGACCUACUGCUGAAUUACAGUGAUGGGGUGAUUACUUUGAAGAGAAACUGUUUGUCACAGUGGACACCUUAUUCGACUAAUUUGAAAUUUGAUGUAUUGCUGCAUUACCGAAUGAUUAUUGGAAACAAGCACGGUAAAUUUCUGUACGACUCAGCCAUACGUAGCCGUUCUUUGCGGAUCGAUCAGACUGUUAUUAUCGCUCGCUUCUUACCUGCUGCAGAAGAAUUUCCAGUUGCAGUACAUUUUUUUUAUUUGACAACAUUACCUUCAAAGCCUGUUUUGAACUAUUGGGAGCCAUACUUAAAGAAAUCUGGAUCUACAGUAUAAUAAAGGAUCGUUUUCAGAAGAAAAAUACAGUGUCAAUUAGUCCAGUUUUUUUCAUCUCAGGUUCUUUUGGGACGUAAUUUGAAAGUCUCAGUGUUAUUGUUCCAUAAAAGAUAACGUAUGUUGUUGAAAGCAGUGGUGAGAUUCAGAACUGGAUUUAGACAUGGAGUGUGAUGGAAGUGAUUCCUGC